AUGGGAGCCGUGCUGGGCCUGUGCUCCAUGGCGAGCUGGAUCCCGUGCCUGUGUGGCAGCGCCCCCUGCCUGCUGUGCAGCUGCUGCCCCAGUGGAAACAACUCCACCGUCACUCGCCUCAUCUACGCCUUCUUCCUGCUGCUGGGAGUGGGCAUCGCCUGCAUUAUGCUGAUGCCAGGGAUGGAGGACCACCUCAAGAAGAUCCCGGGCUUCUGUGAGGGAGGCAUGGGCUCGUCCAUCCCUGUCGUGGAGGGACAUGUGAACUGUGACGUGCUGGUCGGGUACAAAGCCGUGUACCGCGUGUGCUUCGGGAUGGCCAUGUUCUUCCUCCUCUUCUCUGUGAUCAUGGUUCGAGUCAAGAGCAGCCAGGACCCCAGGGCGGCCAUCCACAACGGGUUUUGGUUCUUCAAGUUUGCUGUUGCGACGGCGAUCACCAUCGGAGCGUUUUUUAUCUCUGAAGGCCCUUUCACAACUGUGUGGUUCUAUGUGGGCAUGGCGGGCGCCUUCUGCUUCAUCCUCAUCCAGCUCGUGCUCCUCAUCGACUUCGCUCACUCCUGGAACGAGUCGUGGGUGGAGAAGAUGGAGGAGGGGAACUCUCGCUGUUGGUAUGCAGCCCUGCUCUCGGUGACGGCGGUGAACUACCUGCUGUCCCUGGUCACCCUGGUGCUCUUCUACAUGUACUACACCCACACGGACGGCUGCACCGAGAACAAAGUCUUCAUCAGCAUCAACAUGCUCCUCUGCAUCGGGGCCUCUGUCCUCUCCAUCCUCCCACAGAUUCAGGAGUCCCAGCCUCGCUCCGGCCUGCUUCAGUCCUCCCUGGUCACUCUCUACACCAUGUAUGUCACCUGGUCUGCCAUGACCAACGAGCCUGACAGGAACUGUAACCCCAGCCUUCUCGCCAUGAUCGGCCUGAACGGGACCAGCCCCGCGGCUCAGGGUCAGGUGGUGCAGUGGUGGGACGCGCAAGGCAUUGUGGGAUUGAUUCUGUUCCUUAUGUGUGUCCUCUAUUCCAGUAUCCGUAACUCGUCGAACACUCAGGUGAGCAAACUGACGCUGAGCUCUGAUGAGUCCGCUCUGAUCGAGGACGGGCCUCAGAGCGGAGGCUUCGAGGAGUCCGGAGGCGUGAGCCGAGCCGUGGACAACGAGAAAGACGGCGUCACCUACUCUUACUCCUUCUUCCACUUCAUGCUGUUCCUGGCCUCGCUCUACAUCAUGAUGACUCUCACCAACUGGUACAGCCCCGACUCCACGUACGAGACCAUGACGAGCCGCUGGCCUUCUGUGUGGGUCAAGAUGGUCUCCAGCUGGAUCUGCAUCGCCCUCUACGUGUGGACUCUGGUGGCUCCUCUGAUCCUCGUCAACAGAGACUUUGACUGA